AUCACGAACUUCCUCAGCUAUGGACACAUUUUUGCGCACGUUGUCUAAAUCUAAUCACCGGAGAGCUGGGCCUGCUGCUUGAUUGUCUUUACGAAACUGGAUUACACGACAUUCGGAUCUAUGUCACAUUUUCAUCUUCAGGCUACACAAGAAUCGGGCACGAACAUCUAGCCUAAUUGUGCGUAAAGAUGCGCACGGAGUCCCGGCUCUAUGCAUCGCUGUUAUGCUUUGCCACUCUCACCCAGAGCUUCUACAUCCCAGGCUGGACGAUCCAAAGCUACGGUGACGGCGAAGUCAUUCCUCUUUUCGUCAAUAAAGUCUACUCAGACAAUACCCAGCUUCAAUAUGCGUAUGCCGAACUUCCUUUCAUCUGCCCGCCUGUGCAAGAAUUACGUGGUGGCCACACCCUCAGCGGAGAGUCCCGAUCGUUGAAUCUUGGAGAAAUAUUGCGAGGAGAUAGGGUAUCCCUUUCAGACUAUCGUUUGCGAAUGAACGUGGAUGAUGAGUUCAAUCUUUUAUGCAAGAGAGAUGUGGACGUGGCAUCACUCGAAAAAGCGAUAGAAUUAGUAAGAGAUGGUUACGUUGCAGAAUGGAUUGUGGACAACUUACCGGGGGCGACGCGUUUUGUAACAACGGAUAAGUCAAGAGCGUACUAUGCAUCAGGAUUCAAGAUGGGAUGGGUUGAUAACAAGGAGACUGAGCCGAGAUUCUUCCUCAACAACCAUGUCACCAUGGUAUUUCGGUAUACGAAAGCACCAGGACGAGACGGGGACGCAGGCAAAAAAGUUAUAGUGGGGUUUGAGAUCUACCCAAAAAGCGUGGAUGCCAGCGUGACGGGACAAGUCAGGGGUAACGAAACUGUCAUGUGGACUGGAAAGGCUAUGGAACUGGUCAUGAAUGGAGCCGAUCCAGUGAACCAGAAAGGUCCUGAUGACCGGACCUUGACAAUACCUUUCUCGUACUCGGUAUACUUCCGGGAAGACCAUAGUUUGGAAUGGGGAAACCGAUGGGACAUGUAUUUUGCCGCCGAUGAUAGCUCGAGAGUUCAUUGGUUUGCAAUCAUCAACUCGCUCGUUGUGCUGGGGCUGUUGACAGCAGUCGUUGCCGUGAUUGUUGCGCGGACCGUCCGUGGGGACAUACAGGCCGGAAUCGAAGGGAAGCGUAAGUCGAAUCAUGGCGGCGUAGAUAAAGGACUCCUCGGCCAACCCUUAGACCUGGAGGCUGUGGAAGACCAGGCCGAUGAAGAGAUUCUCGAGGACACCACUGGCUGGAAGUUAGUACACGGCGAUGUCUUCCGUCCACCGGCUUAUGGCGGGAUCCUCGCACCGCUUGUAGGUUCCGGUGCUCAGCUGAUAUUUAUGACAAUCGGAUUGCUUUCCUUGAGCUGCUUUGGCGUCCUAAAUCCUAGCUUCCGGGGAGGGUACGUCAGCUUUGGUAUCGGCCUGUUUGUUUUCGCUGGCGUGUUCUCGGGAUACUAUUCGGCGCGGAUUUACAAGACUUUGGGCGGCAAGCAGUGGAAGAAGAAUGUUCUGGUGACGGGACUAGCACUCCCAGGUCUCCUGUUCUUGAUUGUCUUUAUCUUGAACCUCUUCGCUUGGGCUCAAGCUUCGAGCACAGCAAUUCCUUUCGGAUCCUUGAUUGUAAUACUCUGCCUAUGGCUCCUCAUCCAACUUCCUCUGGUAUAUGUAGGAGGUUGGUAUGGGUACAACAAUGUUGGGGCGUGGGACCAUCCGAUUAAGACUAAUGCGAUUCCUCGACAGCUACCCAAAGCGGAUUGGUACAUCGCGAGUGCGCGUACCAUCUUACUCGCCGGUAUAAUUCCGUUUGGUGUCAUCUUCAUUGAGUUGCUAUACGUGUUCAAGAGUUUGUGGCAAGAUAAGACCGGGUACUACUAUGUGUUUGGCUUUCUGACAGUAGUGUCGAUCGUCCUUUUGAUUACAGUAAUGGAAAUCAGCAUCGUGGCGACAUAUGUUCAGCUGAAUGCGGAGAACUAUCAUUGGUGGUGGCAGUCUUUUCUUGUCGGAGCUUCCAGCGGAAUAUGGAUAUUCCUGUACUCCGGGUGGUACUACAUGACGAAGUUGCACGUCUCUGGCUUUGUGUCAGGGGUGCUUUUCUUUGCUUACAGCUUUUUGGCGUGUGCCCUAUACAGUCUUCUUACUGGGACAGUGGGGUUUCUGGCAUCUUAUGCAUUUGUGAGGAGAAUAUAUAGCGCCAUUAAAACGGAUUGAAGGGAGCCUAUACACAGGCUACAUUUAUUUAUCAAUCCAAAACUAAUCCAUUCUCAGCGAACACAGGACGAUGGAUGUGACAUGCCCAGACUCUGUUCUGAAUGGCUGACUCGAUGUCUGACGAUUCGGGCCGUAAUCGUGGUCCAUCCACACUUUGGUGGGACCCUCAAAGACACAUGAUUCGAGUUUCCCGCCGAGCGAGCCCGUUGAUUAGUACUUCCACUAUCUCAUAGCAUAUAGAUGCUCCGACGAGGAUGAAAGGAACGACAUGCUCACCACUAGUGCAGUGAAUCUUCGCAGAGCUGACUAAGACCAGUAGAAUCUACAAGAUCUCGUUCUGAAGACGAAAAUGACGAUUCUACUGUCAAGUAUACACUGCGGCUCUUAGAUGCAAGGCCGCAUGGAGAUGGAUAUUGUAGAAACCUGCACGACUGACUAAAUAUAGGCAACUUCCGACACGAGGCUGUGCAGAGCGAGAGCGAGAG